GAAAUAAUAAAAACCAUUAAAAACAAACACUUUCAUCAUAAGCAAUUCAAAAAAGACGGCAAAGAAUUUAAUAAGGCUAUGUUUAUAUAUUAUAGAGAGAAAGUUAAGAAACUGAUUGAUUCCGAAUACCGGAAAUAUAUGACUGUACUACAAAAAAACAUCAUUGACGAUCCUGAGCAGUUCUGGAAAUAUGUAAAGGAGAAGAAAAACAAUAGAAGGUAUAUAGAUACAUAUAUGUAUGAUAAUACUGAAGUGACAGAUCAAGCCGCAGCCGAUGCUUUUGCUAAAUAUUUUGCGUCCGUUUUUCAUGCAGAGAAACCUUACCUAAACCCGCAAACUGCUGCAAAAGCUGCGUAUGCGGAUAAACACCGGGAUGUGGCCCCUGUUUCCAUCACGACAGUCGAUGAAAACGAUCUGAAGAAGGCAGUGAGACGCCUCAAGUCACGAUCAGCUGGUGGGCCGGAUGGCAUUCCUGUCUUCUUAGUUAAAGACUGUAUAGCAGUUCUUGGGCGGCCUCUUCUGUAUUUGUUUAAUCUUUCAUUGACCCAGUCAAGAUAUCCUGAGAGCUGGAAGUUAUCUCGAGUCACUCCUGUUCCUAAAGGUGACGGAGGCGCAAAUGUUACUUCGUUCAGACCUAUUGCUGUUCUAUCCGUUUUUGGAACGUGUCAGCAAACUCGCAGGGACAGGUAGCGCCGCGGCGCCGCCCGCGACUGCUGGAGCCCCCCCGCGCACGCACCGAGCGCGCUCGGCAAGCGCCCACCAACCGCGCACUCCGCAUUAUUGG